ACUUGUCAUUGGUGAAAGUAUGAAUCAGUGGUCAGAUGUAACAUCCUGUCCCGUUUUGUGGCCACUGUUACUUUGGUCAAGACACCCCAAGUGGAAUUAAGCUCAGGAUCUGAGAAAGAGAGUCACAGUGAGAGGAUGGGAAAUAAUCUCAUGAGAGAAAUCAGUUGCUUGAAAGACAAUCAAAAGGAGCUUGGGAAGGUAAGCCCAGACGUGAAAAGAAAACGGCAGGAAGUGACUACACUUGAGAUAGAAAAUCAAGGUCAAGAUAAGAAAAGUAAAGGUGUUCCAUCCACUUCUAAUCAGGGAAAUAAGAAUGUCAGUGGUUGUGAAGAAGUAUGUUACACUGUCAUUAAUCAUAGGCCCUAUCGGAGACCCUCCCUGAACUCCAAUGAUGAUGGUUAUGAGAACAUCGCAAAGAGAGUGAGACCAUUAAGAGAAAGGCCAGAAACAGAAUAUGCCCUUCUCAGGAGACCUUGCAGUAUUAGGUCUUCUUCCUGUGCAGCUGAGAAUGAUUACGAAAUUGUGCUUCCUCACUAGAAUACUCCUGCCUCAUCAUCUUCCAGUAAUAAAGAUGACCAAAUGGUGACCUCCA